AUGUACGGGCAAAUAAUCAUUGGGGCGCCGGGCGCCGGUAAGACGACCUACUGCGAUGGUAUGUGUCAGAUUGUGUCGCAGCUCGGCCGUGCGGUGGUGUGCGUGAAUCUGGAUCCGGCCAACGACAAUCUGCCCUAUGCAUGCGAUGUGGACAUCCGGGAACUGGUGAGCGUGGAGGACAUCAUCGCUCGGCUGAAUCUCGGCCCCAACGGUGCACUGAGGUACUGUAUGCAGACGCUGAAAAGCAACAUGGAAUGGUUGAGGCUGAAAUUAUCAGGGCGCCAGGGAUAUUUGCUCAUUGAUUUCCCGGGACAGCUCGAGCUAUACAACAGCGACGAUUGCAUCACUUCCAUUAUUCGCACUAUGGAGAAAUGGGGCCAUCGACUUGUGGCCAUCCAUCUCAGCGACAGCUUAUAUUGCACUGAUGCGGGUAAAUUCAUCUCGGUGCUGUUGAGUGCGCUUUCUGUUAUGAUCAAUCUUGAAUGCGCCCAGAUUAAUGUGCUUUCGAAGAGAGAUCUGUUGAGGGAGGACGAUUUGCCGUUUAAUUUCGACUUCUUCGAGCAUUUACCCGACACGAAGCGUCUCACCGAACUCCUAGACGAAUCGCCCGCAAUCAGGCAGUACAAAGGGCUCAGUGAAAUGCUUUGCUCGGUCAUUGACGAUUAUGAUCUGGUUAAUUUCACCAGCUUAGAUGUUACAAGCAAAAGCAGCAUGCUUGAUUUGCUAAAGUUGGCCGAUGUAGCAAACGGAUAUGCCUUUCUCCAAGCUCCUGAUCUAAGGGAUAUCAUCCAAAAAUGA